GUUGCCGAGCUAAUCCACAGCGUAUCUCAACAGAGGCGCUAGCUGGUUGGGUGAUUUCCCGCGUUGAUCACUUUCUAGUCUGCAUCUGUCUAAAUUCUUUAAGUGUUCUUCGAUACAAAAAAACGUUCUUAUUUGGCAAGUGACAUAAACAUUGUAAAACAUGAGACGCACAAGAAGCUCCAGGAACACAUCUCAAGGUGUAACGUUAGCAUCAGAAAAUGGAGUGUCUCCGUCCAAGACAGUGUGGCAGUGGAAGGGGGAUGAGGGUCAGUGGGAGCCAUACCCACCAUCAGCAUGUGCCCAGCUAGACUCAGCCCUCAGCUCUGGAGACGCCACGGUCUCACUGACGUUUGGCUCUGGGGCAGCAUAUGACGUAGACUUGAAGAAGAUGGUCCAGGUCAACACAGUAACCAAGUACAAAAGGAAAAUACGCUCGCACACACUGAAACCAGAGAGUUUAAAUGGAGGAGAUGCAGUGGAUUUAACCCAACAAGAUGCGAGUCCAGUCCAGAUUAAAGUGGAGGAAAUGGAGGAGCAGCCAAUCGCCAAGAAGAAGCGGGGUGAGGGAAGGAGCCAGAAGAAAAGUAAAGUGAUGCACGUGGAAGAAAUGGAGAGCAAAGAGAUUGUGAAGACUGUGGUCAUGAAAGGAAAGGCUCCAGUUGAUUCAGAAUGCAAAGCCGGCAAGGCCCAUGUCUACAGUGAAGGAAAUGACGUAUAUGAUGUAAUGUUAAACCAGACAAAUCUUCAGUUCAACAACAACAAAUUUUUCCUGAUCCAGCUACUUCAGGAUGACAGUGUCAAGGCCUACAGCGUGUGGUUUAGAUGGGGACGAGUUGGUAAGGUUGGACAGAACAAUCUAGUUUCCUGUGGUGGAGAUCUUCUUCAAGCCAAAGAUCUCUUCAAGAAAAAGUUUCUGGAUAAGACCAAGAACGAGUGGGCACACCGGGCAAACUUUGAGAAGGUUGCAGGAAAAUAUGACAUGGUGUUUAUGGACUACAGUACCAAUGGAAAGGAAGAGCCCCAGCCCCCGCUUGCAUCACUGUCCCAGAAAAAGCCCUCCAAGCUGGAUGUGAAGGUCCAGUCCCUUCUCGAACUGAUCUGUGACAUCAAGGCCAUGGAGGAAUGUGUGCUGGAGAUGAAGUUUGACACCCGAAAAGCUCCUCUCGGCAAGCUUACAACAGAGCAGAUCCGUGCAGGUUACUCAGCCCUGAAGAAGAUUGAGGAGUGUGUGAAGAGAAAGGGAAGCAGCCGCGAGCUACUGGAGGCAUGCAACCAGUUCUACACACGCAUCCCCCAUGACUUUGGGUUGCGAACUCCCCCAAUAAUCCGCUCAGAAGAGGAGCUGAAGGAAAAAAUUGCUUUAUUAGAAGCACUGAGUGACAUCCAGAUAGCAGUGAAGAUGGUCCAGUCCAGUGCCUACGGUGAUGAGCAUCCUUUGGACAGACAGUACAACGCCCUCCAGUGCCAGCUACAGCCACUGUCCUCUUGUAGCCAAGAGUAUCAGGUGAUUGAGAGAUAUCUUCAGACAUCCCAUGCUCCCACUCACUCUGACUUUACCAUGACUGUUCUGGACAUCUUCGCUGUGGACAGGGAGGGGGAGAAGAAUGGCUUCCUCUCACAACUACACAACAGGACGCUGCUGUGGCAUGGCUCUCGUCUGUCUAACUGGGUUGGAAUCCUCAGCCAGGGCCUCAGAGUGGCCCCUCCAGAGGCUCCUGUCACUGGAUACAUGUUUGGGAAAGGUAUUUACUUUGCUGACAUGUCAUCAAAAAGUGCCAACUACUGCUUUGCCAAUCAACGCAACAAAACUGGACUCCUACUGCUGAGCGAGGUUGCCCUGGGUGACAGUAACGAGCUGUUAGCAGCUGACUAUGAGGCUGCCAAACUACCUGCAGGGAAACACAGCACCAAGGGCCUUGGACAGACAAGCCCAGACCCCAGGAACGCUGUCACAUUGGAUGGAGUGACAGUCCCAAUGGGGCCUGGAAUGAAGACUGGGGUGGGAGCAGGUGGCGGCUACUCCCUCCUCUACAACGAGUUCAUUGUCUAUAACCCUGCCCAGACCCACAUGAGGUAUUUACUAAGAGUUCAGUUUAACUAUUCCUCGCUGUGGUGAUACAGGGAUAUACUGUAAAGACGUGUGUAGCAAAAAGAGACAUUAACACAUUAACUAAACUGUCGCAUAAUAAUAAUUUGGGGGGGUGCUUAUAUUUGUCCUGUUACACACAAGUGUGCAAUGGAAAUGCCUUAAGGGCACAGCAACAGAUUUUUUUGUUAUUCUUUCGAUUACUGACCCAACGCUUCAACCUCGAGGCUAUCUGCUGCCCUUAAGCUUAAGCGGUUGUUAUGAGAAAGGAAGAGUAGACCCAGAGAAAUUCAGAUAAAAAAAUUCACAACUCAUGAAACGAUCCCUAAGGGGUUUUAAUGUCUGUGGUGUUGAGGCUGUAUUACUCCCAAUAGCUUUAUUUCAAAGCCUUGCAUUGUAUGAUGUCCAUAAGAGGGAAGCAACAAUUAACAUGGGUUAAAUUCAUACAUCUGUUGCAUUCCAAGCAUUUUUUUUGAAAUACAGUGGAUGAUGUGGUGAGUGUUUUGAAGUGAUACAGCUUGUUUAGACAAGCACAGAUUUUGUUGUUGUCAAAUGUCACCCUGAGUGUGUCUUUCUAAUGUAAAACAAAAUAAUAAAAACGCAUGAAUUGAAGGUUGUUUUAUAUAUAAGCUAUUGCUAUAACUGUAUCACCACAUGUUAAACACAAAACUGAUUUUAUUGAUAACAAAAACAUGAAAAGUAAGUCUGUAAGAGCGAGAGAAAUAUCACUCAUCAAAUAUGUAUGUCCAGGGGUUUCCAUGUAAAACUAAAUAAAGACUGUUUUCAUUGUGAA